CAAUACAAUUAUGUAUUGAAUGGGAAGAUUCGAUGGAAUUGACUCAACUAAUUACAGCCAAUAAUUUGAAUCGAGUUAGAGCCGCUCGUCAGGUCCCCAACUCCCAGUCUCCCCUCCUGUCUUCCAAACAGGUCCCUGCCCUAGUCUCGUAAUCAUUAUCAGAUCAUCGGAGAGUCGACGAACACCGCACUCCGGGAGGAAGCGCGUAUAUUUGCUAUUGGCAAUCUCUGGUCCUCAGAGUUUGAUGAAAGGCGCUUGGACAGGUAGGAGCUUUUGGAAACAUAGGGGGUGUAGAAAUGGAGAGGAACAAAUCGGUUUGGAUUUGGGUGUUAUUUGUAAUUGAAGUUUAUGGUCACUUUUCAGAAAUUCAUUACCUCUGCAAAUAUCAGGAGGAUAGAGAGUUCAUAUUUUUAAAUCAAUUUGGUAUAGCACUUGAGCAUCUUGGAGAUGAAGCCUGUGGAGCAUCCGUUUGAGGACUACUCUUGGUUUACUCCAUAGGAUUGGUUAUUCUUUUAUAGCCUUCAUGUGUUGAUGACAUUGGACAAUUAAGUUUCAACAAAGGGAAAGUGAAUUUCGAAGUAUUGGAGAAUGAAAUGGCUGGUCGUUCAUCUCGAAUGAUAUAUGUUGGUAACUUGCCACUGGAUAUCAAAGAGUGGGAAAUUGAAGAUCUCUUCUACAAGUAUGGCCGGAUUUUGGAUAUUGAGUUGAGGCUUCCGCCUCGAUCACCUGGCUAUUGUUUUAUAGAGUUUGAGGAUCCUUUGGAUGCGGAAGAUGCAAUCAGGGGUCGAGAUGGCUAUGACUUUGAUGGAUGUCGUAUUAGGGUUGAGCUUGCCCAUGGUGGUAGGGGAAAAUCAUCAUUGUCACGCCAGGGUGGGGGUGGUGGUGGACGAUUUGGUGCUUCACAUCGUUCUGAAUUUAGAGUUGUUGUGCGUGGGCUGCCUCCUUCUGCUUCCUGGCAAGAUUUAAAGGAUCACAUGCGCAAGGCGGGUGAUGUGUGUUUUGCUGAAGUUUCCCGUGAUGGUGAUGGAGCAACUGGAAUUGUUGAUUACACCAACUAUGAUGACAUGAAGUAUGCUAUUCGGAAACUAGAUGACACUGAAUUUCGGAAUCCUUUUACAAGGGCUUAUAUUCGGGUGAAGCGUUAUGAAGGCAGUCCGCAUGGGGGUCAUAGUAGGAGUCGCAGUAGAAGUCAUAGCAGGAGUCCAAGAAGGAAGCGGAGCAAAUCCGUGGAACGGGGUUUAUCCAAAUCUAGUCUUAAAUCUAGAUCUGCAUCAAGAUCUAGGUCAUUAUCGCCUGCCUGAGCAUCCAGGUUUACUGAGGCAAUGUUUAGCAUCUCACCUUCAUAUUCUUAGCUAAAUUCUCAACAUCUGUAGAAGAUUUUCUUAGAAGCAGUGGACUUCACUCGGGUAAAAUGCUGUUGAGCAGACCCAAUUGAAACUUGAAGCUACUAUGUUUUCGACACUGAUAAAAUCGAUGGCACUUGAGAGCAUUGUUUGUUAUUAUGUUCUUAAUCUCAUUUCGGUGAGCCGUAGACUAUCAUUUUGGUGAAGUUGCCGUCGAGUACAUGCUUGCUUAUAUGAAACUUUCUUCUCGUUGUAAUCUAUGGUCAUAUAGGUUCAGCCAUUGUAGUUGUUCGGAAUCCACAAACCAUUUCGACUGGCAGUCAGAAUUUCUUCCGAGUAUGUCCUUGAAUUCAUUUGAGACGUGAGCAAAACUCAGAUUGGAGAAGAUAAUGGUCAAUGGGUUCCCUUAUUGGAACCAUGUUGGUAAA